AUGAUGAUGUUCACAAAUAAAGGAUCUGAUAAAAAAAGUGGUGCUACUCCACAUAUGAUAAUAUACACUCGAGAGACUUUGCAAACUGAUGUAAGUGACGAUGAUGAUGACGGAAAUGAAACAGACGUAUCAUAUUGUGAUUUAUCUGAUAAUGAGAUAGGAGAUGAUGAAUGCUUCGUUUCUACUUCUGAUUUAAGAGAAAUUUCUAAAAGUGCUUUAGAAAGUAUAUCGGCAGAUCUAGGAGAUAAUGUAACUUCAGGUGCAUGCGCAUCUUUAGAAGAUGAGGAGACUUCUAAAGUUAGAUCUCAAUUAUCAGAAUUCCUAAGUAUACAAGAAAAGUCUUAUACACAGGAAGAUUAUGAGAGAAUGGGAGCAAGAAGAAAAGAAAAAUCUGUACCUUCUCCAGUAGUAGAUGAAGAGGAAAAUAAAGAAAAAGAAAUGAAAAAAAAAGAAGAAGAGAUGAAAAAAGAGGAAGAAAAUAAAAUGAAAAGAAAAGAAGAAGAAAAAAAUAUGACGAGAGAAGAAGAAGAUAUGACAAGAGAAGAAGAAGAAGAUAUGAUAAAAGAAGGAAGAAAGAAAAAAAGAGAGAAAAAAAAUAAAAACUAUAGUUCAAUAGAAAAAUUAAAAAACUUAUUUAAAAGAAGAAGUAGAGGUAGUAUUUCGGGUAAUGAAAAAGGCGAAGCUGCUCCACUAAUUAAAUCAAGUAUAACAUUAGAAAAAGAUGAUGGAAAUGCAAUGAGCAAUGUCUUAGAAAUGGAUAAUCCAGUGGAUAUAACUGUUAUAAAUGACAAAAAAUAUUAUGAAAAGAUGUUUGCUCGUUUCAUUGCAUUAAUUCUUAUAUUUUCUAAUAAACCAAAUAAUAUUGAUGAUCUUGCUCAAAUAUUACCAGAAAAAUAUAUGUUGCGUUAUGUAGAUGUUAAUGGAAGCUUAUUAAGAGCAUGUAAAAAUGAAUUUCCAGGUAGAAUUGAAGAAUUUAGAAAAGAUGUAGGUUUAAAUAUAGUACCAACUAUGGGAGCUCUAAAAUAUUAUUUCCUUUUUGAUCGACAGGUUAAAACCUUAUAUCAUUUGUUACGUGAUACAAUAAAAAGAAAUAGAGCUUUAAUUUCAGUUAUUGAACCAUUAAGUAGUACUAGAGAAGCUGAUCAAGAAAGGUCAUUACAUAAAGGGUCAGAUAUUGUUCAAUCAACUCGAGAUUUAUAUGAUAUUACCUUAUCUCGUUAUAAUGCUGCUUAUAAGAAUACAAGUAGAGUAUUUUCAUUUUAUUUUUAUCAUUGGAUUGAUAAAGCAAUUACUGCUAUAAAAAAAAAGGAUAUUCCAUGGAUUGAAGGAGAAAGAAGAGAUUUAAAUGUUUAUUUAACAAUUAUUGAAAAUAAAUUGAAAUACUUGACUCAAGAUCUUGCUUUGUAUAUAAGGUUUCUUUUUCAUCAAGCUAAAAAAGAUAAUUUAUUUAGUAGUUCAGUUGAACUUUGCUAUACCUUGUUUUUUGAACAUUACAAAAAUUUAAUAAACAAAACAAUACAAAUUUUUGAAAUUCAUAUACAUAGUACUCCCUCUAAAAAUAUAGAAUCUACUUUAAGAAAAGUAAGAACUAUUUUUCAGGAUCAUCAGAAGGAAGUACAAACAGAAAUUCAAAAAUUUUAUAUGAAUAAUGUGCUGAUACUAAAUACUAAAGAAUUAACAGAGAAUUAUAUAUUUAAAGAAAAAUAUAGGCAAUCAGUUGCAAAUGAUUACAGUAGGGAAAAACAGAAAAAAUUUAUAUCUCUUUUACCAUGUAUUUUCUAUUAUUCUAAAGUUAUUUUAGCUUCAGCAACAUUACUGAUAUCUUUACAAAACGUAGAUGUUCUUUUUGACGAUUUGAUGCAUCAACGUAUAAAAUUUGCUGAUGCAUUGGAAAUUGUAAGUUUCCUUGAAAAACAUAAAAAGGAGAGUAAUCACGUUUUUGCUGCGUUUGGUGAUAUGGAAAAGAAACUUGCUAGUGAUUAA